AAGUGCGACAAUAGUAUUAAAGGGUGCGUUACAAAUACAAUACGUACCAUGCUUCAUUUUUUCUAUUUUUCAUUAUGUUCAUAAAACGCAUGCAAAAGUUUAGUAAGCAGCUCCAUACGAUCAACUACUACUCUGUCUAAAGUUAUUCAAUCUCGAACAAAUUCAGCAGUUAAGACUUGAACCUUGAAUUCUUUAAUGGAAAACUGAAUGAAGAUAUAAUAGGCUUUACUCUACACUUAUUCUGUUUAUUCGGGCUUAUUUUUGUUUGUUAUUUUCAAUUGAAUGUUUUAUGAUUCUGAUUUCGUAUCCUAUAUAAUUAUUUGAAAAUGUCAAAGAAACCUAACAAAUCUGCAUGGGGAAGACGAGGCAGAAGGACGAGUAAUCCAGAAGAUAAACAUUACUUUGGACAUGAUGAUCGUGUUGGAAGAACAAGCAGUGGAACGUGUGGAAAUAGACGUCGUGUAUCUUUUAAACCUCAAGGAAGAUUAGGCAGAGAUAUAUCAAGAAGCUUAACUUUGGCAUUAGAUGAUGAUAUACCAAUGGCAGGAACUUCCAAUAAUAACAACAGACAAGUCAUUGUUCGAGGAAGGAAUAGAGGUUUAUCUAGAGGAAGAAAUAGUCCUUUACCACAUAGAGCAAUUCGUACUGGUAUCUUAUCUACACCUCAAUCACUACCUGCUGGAGAAACUAACUGGUAUAAAAUUACGAUACCAUAUGGUGCAAAAUAUACAAAAGAUUAUAUUUUGAGCAGUCUUAACAGCAUUGCUUCAGAAGCUUUUGUACCUAUAAUGUAUAAGACUUCAGGAAACGAAGCGUCCUUUUAUGUUGAUAGUCAAAAAGCAGCAAGUAUUCUUCUUCAUUGUGAUCGUAAAAUUACAACAACAAAUGGAUUUAAACUUCGAAUAAAAAUUAAAUUAGGACUUCCACAGUGUGAAAUCAGUGAUGCUUUAAAAGAAAGAUUAAAACAAGCUAUGGUUAAACGAUAUGUUCAAGAGACAAAUGCUUUAGAUUUAUCAAAAUUUCAUCAUGAUCCUGAUCUUAUUGCAGAUUACUUUUGUGCAUUAUCUCGACCGAUUAUGUUAAUGGCAGUAUUAGAUAUUGUGUCAGAGUAUGUACCCACGUUAGAAGCAUUGAAUCUGGAUGGUAACAAGUUAUAUAUGAUUGAAAAACUUGAUGUCCUAUAUAAAAAAUUUCCAAGAUUGAAAAUACUUUAUAUAGGAGAUAAUAAGAUAAAAGAAAUUAGUCAAUUAGAUGCUAUAAAAGAAUUACAAUUAGAAGAAUUAAGAUUGACAGGAAAUCCUGUCUCCAAUAGGUAUAUAUCUCGUCAAAAUGACUAUAUUAGCGGUGUACGGAAAAUAUUUCCUAAGCUUUUAAGACUGGAUGGUAUAGAGUUACCACGUCCAAUAUUAUUUGAUGUUGCAAAUGAUACAACAAAAGUGCCUCAUACUCAACGAUUAUUUGUCACAGAUGUUAAAGCACAAGACAUAGCAAGUCAGUUCUUGCAACAAUAUUUUAUUAUUUUUGACAGUGAAAAUAGGCAUCCAUUGUUAGAUGCAUACGAUGAGCAUGCACGUUUCAGUUUGACAGUGAUAAAUAAUCAAACUACUGAAAGAUUAAGUGCAUAUCUUUCAGAGAAUAGAAAUUUAUUUAGAGUAAAUAAUAAUAAUAAGAGGCAGAAAUUAUUAAAGCAAGGUAGAUUACCAGUUCUAUCUUUUAUAAUAGAACUACCACGAACAAAACACCAUUUAAAUACCUUUACAAUGGAUAUCAGUGUUAUAACUCAAGGAAUGAUGUUGAUCACAGUAACAGGAUUAUUUGACGAAUUGAAUAAUAAAGGUGAUCAACUACGUUAUUUCAAUAGGACAUUUAUCAUAGUACCAAGAGGAAAUGGCUAUUGUAUCUGUAAUGAGCAAUUGCAUAUUAGUCUUCCUACUGAAGAACAAUGUAAAAAAUUCAUCACUGAUAAUUUCUCAGCCCAAAUGUCUGAUGUACCAAGUGGAUCUAAAUCUUCAUCAGAAAUACGAUCACCGCAAUUAACGGAAGACGUAAAACGAAAAAUGGCAUUAACAUUAAGUCAAGAAACGAACAUGAAUUCAGAAUGGAGUUUGAAAUGUUUAGAGGAAGUUCACUGGAAUUAUGAAAAUGCAAUAUUAGCUUUUCAGGAACUUUUCAAACAUGGACAAAUACCGUCGGAAGCAUUUACAAAAUAAAAAUUGGAUUAUAGGUAAAAAAUAUGACAAAAAUACAUCAUUCUGUAUUCAAAUUUUUUCGUAAAUCAUUCUAAUUCUCAUUGUUUAUCACAGCCUUCAAAGUAAUAUGUACAAAAUUGAUGAAUUUUAUAGAUAAAAAUGAAAUUUGUUAAUUUAUAAUUACAUAUUGUUACUAUCUUUUUCAUAUUUUGUGCUACAAAGACACAAAAAAAAGAA